AUGUUAGCAGGGUUAAUUAUUUCAAAGAGAGCAAUAUCCACAUCAUCUUAUUUAUAUGAAAGAAUCAAGCAGACAGAGAAUGAAAUUGUUCAGAUGUUCUGCUUGACAAGUCCGAGAGAUGAAAGUCAGAACUUUCUUUCACGGCGAUCAGCUAUGCGUAAGAACAGCUCCACAAGGACACUGGAUGAGAGGUUCAUAAGGAUUUUAAAGAUAUUUAAGUGGGGUCCUGAUGCAGAAAAGGCACUGGAGGUUUUGAAAAUGAAGAUUGAUCACAGAUUGGUUUGUGAAGUUCUACAAAUAGAUGUGGAGAUCUAUGUUAAGAUGCAGUUUUUUAGGUGGGCUGGAAAGAGAAGAAAUUUUGAGCAUGACUCCACCACCUACAUGACAUUACUUCGUUGCCUAGAGGAAGCAAGUCUGUUUAGUGAAAUGUGGAGGGCCAUUCAAGAAAUGGUCCGGAGUUCAUGCCUCAUUGGCCCAGCUGAGUUGUCUGAAAUUUUGAGAAUUUUGGGCAGGGCGAAGAUGGUGAACAAAGCACUCUCUAUCUUUUACCAGAUUAAAAGUCGUAAAUGCAAACCAACUGUGAGCACUUACAAUUCCAUAAUUUUCAUGCUGAUGAAAGAAGGUCAUCUUGCGAAAGUUCAUGAGCUUUAUAAUGAAAUGUGUAGUGAAGGUAACUGUUUCCCUGAUACAGUAACAUACAGUGCUCUCAUAUCGGCAUUUGGGAAAUUAGGCCGUGAUGACUCUGCAAUUCGGUUGUUUGAGGAAAUGAAGGAGAACGGAUUUCAUCCCACAGCUAAAAUCUAUACUACUUUACUUGGGAUAUACUUCAAACUGGGUGAGGUUGAAAAGGCAAUAGGACUGGUUCAGGAGAUGAAAGACAAGGAUUGCACCCCAACUGUGUAUACUUAUACAGAAUUGAUAAAGGGGCUGGGUAAAGCUGGGAGGGUUGAAGAAGCUUACUCUAUAUUUUUAAAUAUGCUUAGCGAUGGUUGUAAGCCAGAUGUUGUGCUUAUAAACAAUGUCAUAAACCUUUUAGGCAGGGCAGGUCAUUUAGCUGAUGCUAUAAAGCUCUUUGAAGAAAUGGAAUCCCUGAAAUGCAUCCCAAAUGCAGUGACAUACAACACUAUUAUUAAAUCUCUUUUUGAAGGGAAAGCUCCAGUGCCUGAGGUCAUCUCAUGGUUUGAGAGGAUGAAAACCAGUGGCAUUAGUCCUAGCUCUUUUACUUAUUCAAUUCUCAUAGAUGGGUUUUGCAAGACAAAUAGAGUAGAGAAAGCUCUGUUACUUCUUGAGGAGAUGGAUGAGAAAGGUUUUCCUCCAUGUCCAUCCGCCUAUUGCAGUUUGAUCAACAGUCUUGGAAGAGCAAAACGAUAUGAAGCUGCCCAUGAGUUAUUUCAAGAACUAAAAGAGAAUUGCGGAUCCUCCAGUGCUCGCGUAUAUGCUGUGAUGAUAAAGCAUUUUGGCAAAUGUGGACGUUUGUCUGAGGCUGUGGAUCUUUUUAAUGAGAUGAAAAGUCUUGGUUGCAGUCCAGAUAUCUAUGCUUAUAAUGCACUGAUGUCAGGGAUGGUAAGGUCUGGGAUGGUAGAUGAAGCUCAUUCCUUGCUUCGAACUAUGGAAGAAAACGGUUGCUUUCCUGACCUUAACUCGUAUAAUAUUAUUUUGAAUGGCUUGGCCAAAAAUGUUGGGCCUGAAAGAGCAGUGGAGAUGUUCACAAAGAUGAAGUUUUCCAAGUUGAAACCAGAUGCUGUCUCUUACAACACAGUUCUUGGUUGUCUCAGCCGUGCUGGAAUGUUUGAGGAGGCAGCAAAAUUGAUGAAAGAGAUGCAUUCAAAUGGUUUUGAAUAUGAUCUUAUUACAUACUCAUCAAUUCUUGAAGCGGUUGUUACAUUGGGAUUAAUCACAGUUGAUCCCCUGGUUGAGGCGUUGGACUUGUCUCCUCAUGCUCAAUGGCGUUCGCAUGGGUGUUACAAAAAUGAAGAGGUGAAUCUUUGCUGCUUGAAAGUGCCUUACCAUUAUGCAUUGUGGGAGAACCAGGAAAACAACAGACAAUGGGAUCUCAUAAGAUCAUGUUUGGCUAAGCUUAAAAGUAACAGUUGGUGCAAAGAAAUGGCCAAAAGCUUCAUGGAGUUGGCAACUUAA